CUGCGGUGCGUUGUGUUGGCCGGUCUCUUCAGUUUGUCCGCGGCUCCUGCUGUAGCUGCAUGGUAGUGCAAUCGAUAGGUCGUACAUCAACUGAAUACCGAUUUUUGUUUUGUUGUUGACAGUGAUCUCGACGAAUUCGGUAUAUUUGAUAACUCGGUAACAACGGCAAGUAAUAUAACUUGUGAGAGUAUAAGUGACUGACGCGUUCUGUCCCUGAAAGGCGACAAAGAGUUGCCCAAGAAUUUUACACAGAUCAGAGCGAUGGCCAUGUUGUGGGAUAUAAGACCGCAGAUCCAGGUCACGCUGUACCUCCUUCUGCUGGCCAGCACGUUAGCAGAGAAUGGUGUUCACAUUCGAUCGAAGUACAACCAGCUGGUCACCUCCAGCACCUUGCAGUGGGUGGCGGCAGAACGAGGGUCGUACCCGGAAAAUGCUGUGGUUGGAGCUCAUGAAAUCGUUGAAGUCAGUGGUGAAGUAGACAGCGCUGGAGGAGAGGGGCAGGCAGACGUGAAGAAGCGCCCCGUGGUUGUGUGCCGGGCAAAUUACAACGGUAUGUGGGUAUCUGGGGAGCUUCGACCAGAAUUGAAGUCAUGCGUCGUGGCCCCUUUGGGUGCCAAGAAGAACUAUGAGCGCUAUCAGGUGCUGCAGAAUGUGGACAACGGAGCCAGGUUGGAUUGGGUCCCGUGGAACAAAUUUGGCUUGGUCCCCACGGGAGCUGUAGCGUGCGGAAACGGCGUUGAGACGUUUGUAGCACGGCACAAAGUCAUUACCAACGAAGAGAGCAACACGGCUGAUGACACUGAUGAUUCCGGUACGGUCGGCUUCACCCACCACGUCGGAAAACUGGACUCCAAUGCCGGCCUCGGCAAAAUCAGCAUUGUAAACAAGAACGGCGACAAGGAGGAAUUCUCGGACGGGGAGGUGCUCGUGGAGACCGAGCCUGUCCGUUACGAGCUGAUGAGCCUCAAGUUCGAUCCGUGGAGGAAGAAAGUGGUGCGGAAGCCCCGAGUGCUGGCCAAAAGCGUGUUGAGUAACACAGGAGCCGCAUUCCCAAUUCGCGUGGAUUCUGCUCUGGCCUACGACAGCGAGUAUUCUCUGUACUGGGGGCAGGGCAAGGCCAUCCUGAAGGGUCUUCCUACGACAGUGAGGUCUGCUAAUGGUACGCUUAUCGGUGACGUCAAGUGGGGAAUGCCAGAGAAUGAGGAACGCAAAGACGUAUACAGGGUGGAGUACGUGCUUGAGCCGGGAACAGCCGUUAAUGUGACACUUCGCGGGAACCACACCGAGACUGAGGCGCCCUACGUCGGGAAACUUGUCGCGGUCUACGAAGAUGCGUACACGAAGGCUCGCACUAUCCAUGGCAACCGGCGAGAGGUAGCAAUGCGAGAUGUUAAACCCGAGUUUGGACCCGUCUAUUUCAUCGUGAACAACACAGUAGUACCGACUACCACAACCACAACUACCACUACCACGACGACGACAACAACAACUGAAGCACCCAACACCCUUCCUGCCCAACAGAAGAAAUCAAAAAAACCUUUGGAUGAAAACAGUGAUCACGUGGUAAAACCAGGUGACUCACAGAGUAUGAUGUCAGAUGAAAGUGGGGCACACUCACUCAAAAACAAGCAAGAGAGAGGAUUCGCUGGGUCUGGAAGCCUGAACAGAGCUGGGUCAUCCGUAACAUACACUGUCAGUGGGGUGUUACUUUUCUUCAUGUACACGGAGGUUGCCCGAAGGAUAACAUAGAUGGACAGAACUUGACAAGAAAUCCGAUCCACGACCUAGAUCAUGUGUGUUGUAUGAAUGUGAGGGGAUGAGCAUGUGACGAAUGGAACAGCUGUACCUGUGUUCACUGUACAUACACUUCAAGACAGAUAGCUUAAUAUAUUCAGACAUUCCUAUUCCUCCUCAUAUUUUCCUUCCUCUUCCCACUUGUAUAUAUAUUAUAAUUAUGUACAUAAAUGUAAUAAGAGUGAGGGAUUCAGGUUUUUUUUGUAAAACAUGAUGGAUCCAGAUGGUUACAGCUAACUAAUUGGCCUUUCUUGAUGCUACUGUUCAGCAUAUUACGUGAUACAUUCAUCUCAAUAAUGUAUAGUGCUUUAUAUUGUCACAAGAGGAGAGGGACGUUAAGAAUAAACAUUCUGUACAAGAAAUUGAAAACUGUAAUAAGAUCAGGUGCAGUAAGUAAGUAAGUUAAGAGUCUAAACAGACCAUCUUAUAUAACAUGGUUAAGUACAAUAGAGAAUUGUAUCUCAUUUACAUUCCAUACAAAGUUGAAUUUGUGUACUAUUUACUCACUCCUUAUAACCAAGCUACUAAGGAUGACAUGAACCCGCUAGCAAGUACCAAUAGUAUGAGAGAGUAUAAUGUGAAUAUUUCUAAAGCUCUUUCUAAAAACUGACAAUAUGCAGGUGUCCUAAAGACUGGUAAAGGUUCUAAUACAGCAGUUUGAAUCUUCAAGUUCUUAUAUUAAUGGCUCUUAAGAAUACGGUAAUGAACUUUUGGGUUCCAUACAGUUUUGGGAAAUUGUUCAGUAGCUGCAGAUUUGGCGGCUCCUGAAGAAGGGCUGGGCUUCGUGAGUAAGUAAAUAAUAUAUUAAUAAUGAUUGACUGAAACCAACAUAGUUUGGUAGAAGUAUAUAUAUGUGAAUCUGUUUUAAAGUAAGCUGAAAAGGAUUCUUUGGCAGGUAAAAUAAACGUAAAAAUUCUUCAUAUUGGUUGUACUAGUCUCAAAAUUAUAUUAUGAAUGGUAUUACAGCAGCAUAAUUCGACAAAUGUGAUGAUAUUACGUAUAUUUUGUAAUAAUUACGGCUAAUGGACGUUUGUGUGAUUCUCUGUACCAAAGAGAAGUGGAAACAUGGCGGUACUUCUCUUUUCUUAUGUAAAAACAAUAUACUUGAAGUUAAAUAAAUGCUGCAGGAAUUCAGUAAUUA